GGAGGGAUGUAUUUAUUUCUGAUUCAUGUAUUUGCAUCUGCUCAGGCAUUCUCUCUCUCUCUCUCCCCUCUCUCUCUCUCUCCUCUGCCUCUCUCCUCCCUCCUCUCUCCCUCUCUCCUCCCUGGUCGUCCUCUGCAGGCCUGCUGCUCUCUGCUGCAGAGACGGGGCUGCGUGACGUCAGUGAAGGCUGGAGCGGUUCCUUGGUUGGAGCGGAAAAAAAAUGGGGAGAAGAUUGCGAGGAGCUCAGGCAGCAGGAGCCAUGACAGAUGAGGUGAAAAGACCAGUUGAAUGUUGCCACUAUGUGUGGUCAUGUGACUGAGCUGGGCUCUUCCAUCGCACAUGGGAUCUCUCUUCCUACUGACUGUCUGUAGCUGUCCUGUUUUCACCAUGAGAGGAUCUGUCAGGUGCUUGACCUCUGUGCCCUCAUACUGGCGCUGCCGUUGUGCUGCGUGAGCGCCCCCCCUCCUCCGGCAGUUACUGCACGGAAUGGCCUCUCUGGACCUGCCAUACCGCUGUCCUCGCUGCGGGGAGCACAAGCGCUUCCGAAGCCUGUCGUCCUUACGCGCCCACCUGGAGUACAACCACACGUACGAGACCCUCUACGUCCUCUCCAAGUCCAACAGUGUAUGUGACGCCGCUGCUCUGCUGCCCCUAGUGGCCGAGGGAGCUCUCCUCACGCCUGCCAAUAACAACGACCCCUUUGAGCCGCUGCGGCCUUCAGCUUUAAAGGAGCGGCGCUUCCCCUGCCGUGAACUUCCUUGCGCGGACGACCUGAGCUUGACCCCGGCUAACUCCAACACUGCAGCCCGGUACAUUCCCAAUGUGGAGUUUCCCCUGGGGGAGAUUUUCAUGAAGAAAGCAAUGACAUCCACAGACCCGGGUCCCCAUGGAAACCCCAGCACAGCUGUAGCAGUGGCUGCUAAUGUAGCGGCCAGUGCGGUGGAAGCGGCCUAUGAGGAAGGCCUGGCCAGGCUGAAGGCGCGGGCGUUUGAACGGCUGGAGCUGGAUGAGAGGCUGGAGAAGCUGUCUGAAGAGGUGGAGCAGAAAAUAGCGGCCCGUGUAGGCCGUCUUCAGGCAGAGCUGGAGAGGAAGAGCUCUGAGCUGGAGCGGGCCAAGCAAGAGAGUGAGCGGCUGAGCCAGGAGAAACAAGACCUGGAGGACAAGGCCUCCGAGCUCUCUCGGCAGGUGGACGUCUCUGUGGAAAUGCUGGCAAACCUGAAACAAGAUCUGGUGAACAAGGAGGCAGAACUCAACCACAAACAGCAGGAGGUCGCCCAGAUCGACCAGUUCCUUCAGGAGACGGCGGCGCGGGAAGCCAACGCCAAAGUGCGUCUGCAGCAGUUCAUUGAGGAGCUGCUGGACCGAGCCGACCGCGCAGAGAAGCAGCUGCAGAUCAUCAGCAGCUGUGGCACCACGCCGAACGGCAGCCUGGGACGCUGCAGCCUCCAGGCCUCAAAGGGCAACGGACGCCAGAGAAACUCCAGCCUCUCUGGGAGCACAAGAGGCAUGUACCAGGUGUCAGACCGACGUUCCUCACCCAGCACAGGAGCGUCAGGGCGCAUCAAGUCCGUCUCACAGGGAUCUGGAGGUUAUGACAGUGACAGCGUGGAGAUGCAUCCCAUGGAGGACUGUCCCGAAGCUCAGUACUAUCACAUGCAGUGCCGGCUGGGUGAGGGGGCUUACGAGCGCUCCCCCGGAUGUGGCGGCGGCGGCGGCUCCAGAAACUGGGGUCUCCGUAAACAGGCCAUCCAAAACUGGCAGCGACGGCCUUACAGGAACAGCACCGAAGGCGAGGAGGGGGACGUGUCGGACGUGGGCUCCCGGACCACCGAGUCCGAAGUGGAGAUGUGGGAACAAGAGAGGAGAGCUGUGGCUGAAGUCCAGCAGUCUGCCGCGCCCUAUCCUCACCACGGCAGGGCGGGAUACCGGCCCAGCGCAGGACGGUCGGAGGGGAUCUACAGCAAGCCGUGCCGUCACGAAAAGAGCCCGUCCAAAUCCAACGAGGUGAUCAGUCCCGAGAUCCUGAAGAUGCGAGCGGCUCUCUUCUGUAUCUUCACCUACCUGGACACUAAAACCCUGCUGAGAGCCGCCGAGGUCUGCCGUGACUGGAAGUUUGUGGCCCGUCACCCAGCUGUGUGGACCAGAGUGCUCCUGGAGAACGCUCGCAUUUCUUCCAAGUUCCUGAGCACAUUGUCUCAGUGGUGCACUCAGACGCACUCCCUCAUCCUGCAAAACCUCAAACCACGACAGCGGGGCAAGAAAGAAACCAAGGAAGACUACCUUAAAAGCACACGUGGCUGUCUGGAGGAGGGUCUGGAGGCGUUGUUGAAGGCCACAGGAAGCAACCUGCUGAUACUGAAAAUUUCACACUGCCCCAACCUGCUGACUGAUCGCUCCCUCUGGUUGGCCAGCUGCUACUGCCGAGCUCUGCAGGCUGUCACCUACAGGAGCGCCACAGACCCAGUUGGCCAGGAGGUGAUCUGGGCCCUUGGAGCAGGUUGUAGAGACAUCAUCUCCCUACAGGUGGCGCCACUACACCCAUGCCAACAACCUGCUCGUUUCAGUAACCGAUGUCUGCAGACUAUUGGACGAUGCUGGCCACACCUCCGGGCUCUUGGUGUGGGAGGGGCUGGAUGUGGCAUUCAGGGUUUGGCCUCAUUGGCGAGGAACUGCAUGCGUCUGCAGGUGCUGGAGUUGGACCAUGUGAGUGAAAUCAACCAGGAGGUGGCAGCAGAGGUUUGCAGAGAGGGCCUGAAGGGUCUGGAGAUGCUGGUGCUCACUUCCACACCAGUCACCCCAAAAGCCCUGCUCCACUUCAACAGUGUUUGCCGCAACCUGAAGUCCAUCGUGGUUCAGAUUGGUAUAGAGGACUACUUUGAGGACCCCAACAGUCCUGAAGCCAGAAAACUGUUUGAUGAGAUGGUGAACAAGCUGCAGGCUCUGAAGAAGAGACCUGGCUUCUCCAAAAUCCUCCACGUCAAAGCAGAUAGUCUCUGCUAACAUCUUUUGUGUCGGAUUCUUCGAGUCUUGGAGGCGCCAUCUUGGCUCCAGUCAAUCAUAAAGGACCCAGCUGUUUUGAGCCCACUCUCUGGGGUUGAAUGUGUCUGCAGCACAGACAGAAACAAACAGAAGUUCGCCAUGAUGAACCAGGACAGAGGCUCGAUGUGCAUACUCCACAAGUACAAACUUGAAACAGAAAAACUCAUUUACUAUUCCAGUAGGGGAAAUCAAUAUCUCCUUAAUGUUGGUUACGGCAGGCAGCCAAUCAAGGAGGCUUAUUUGGACUAACAGUGGCAUAUAUAUGAGAUUAGGAGCCUGUUGUAAACUCAACCGACUCAAGUAACCCAACAAAAUGUAAGAUCCCUCUUUCUCAGCCGUGUUUUGCUUCUUUCACCAUAAAAACGGAUUGAGCCGUCGCACAGAGCCAGACCCCUUUCUCUCUUGAAAACACCUGGAGCCAGGUGACAGCGCUGUAUUUAACUGUCUGCAUCUACAUAAUGCUUGAUGUAAAAACCUGAGACUACCCUCAGCUUGUGGGCAGGAGCACAUUAUACAGCAUACAAACUCCCCACAGAGACGAAUGGUAAAUGGUGGCAGGUGGGAGAAAAUGUAGAAGAACUUAUUUCCUCAAGAGAUCUUGACUUCUUCCAGGGUCAGAGUCUUGAAACAGGAGCUUUAUGGUCCGCGCGUGUGCAGAUGAGUGAAUGCAUAAAUAAACUAGGCGAGAAAUGAAUACAUGGUUUUCAUCCAGCCUCCCCUGCACUACUGUGUGGUGAACCUGGACAAUGGACAGCGUUCAACUCUUUUACUGCUUCCACCCCCAGAACAGAAACAUGCUGCACAAGCUCUGGGCAUGGCAGAGGACUAACCUCCCUGUAACACACAGACCUUGACAGUCUUCUAGCCGCCGCAGGGCAACGAUGCAUUUCUCCUCUUCUGCCAUCUCCUCUGCUUCCUUGUGUGAACGGGAUCGUGUCACAAACCUUGACUCAGUGUUUUGUUUUUUUCUUUCUGUUGUUGUAGAAUCUAUAGAUCUGUUGUCUUGUGAGAACAGGAUGCAGUAUCUGAUGUUGCUCAUAAAAUAAGCCUGGAAGAUGAUCCAUAAUGCAUUUCACUCAAAAACCGGUGCCAUUUGGAAACGGUGUCUGUCCUCAUUCCAGUGAGCGUUUUCUCCGAUGUGCCAUUAAUGAAGGAAGAGGGACCAGCAGAUGAGUACAAGCAGCUCUUAGUAAAGAUGAGGGUGUUGUGUUUCAUAUGGAACAUGAUCUCCAGGUGUAAACAGGUGUUGUAGUGUUUAUAUAUCAUGACAGUUUCAUACUUUACCAUCCUAAACAGUGCCAUUUCUCCUCACAGGGCUUGUCAUGGCUGAGCCUUGAACAAUCCUUAUUUAUAUUCAUCAGCUGAUAUCCUCUGGCUCCCUCUGCUGGUGUUUUCAGGCAGUUACACUACUGACAGCCAGCUGGUGUGAUGUGACACUUCUACCCUUUGCAGCAUGGAACAAGUGUCUUCUUUGCUAUUUUGGAGAAGUCAAAACCAAGAGAUCGAGUCUCCAGUGUCACCUUCAAAUUGGCACAAUUCCCAGUUACAGUUUAGUUCAGUCAACGAUGCAGAAAUUCUCAAGAAGUAUGAGUAGCAAUACUAAACAGUGGUGACACCGAGUGUACACUCCUCUCAAGAUCAUUUAAAGGGGAGCUCCACCCAUUUUACACACCAGAAUCGUUUAAUAAUAAAGUCAUUUGUGGCGCUGGGAGAUUGUUUACAAGGCAUUGAGGGUCAAAUAAAAAAUCCAAAAAGGAUAAAAUCCAGUGUUUUCAGAGCUUGUGACCCCAUAUUAUGGACCAAAAGUCAGGCAUUUCUCCUCUCCUGCUGCAGAGUUUAAAAUCUCAAGCAAGUCCCCCAACUUUAUGAAAGUGCAAUACUAAAUCACUGGAGUUCUCCUUUAAACAGAGUUUCUUUUAGACACUUAGAAUCACUUUGAUUUGAAAAAAUCAUGCACACAGUUUUGAAAGAGGUUUUGAAAAUGAAAUCACACAUCAGGGACUACAUCACGUUCCUUAACCUUGCGACACAUUAACGCAGGUUGUUCGGUUUACCUUGCACACCUCACCACACACUGAGCAGGAGGUCGUCAUGUGGGCUAUUUUAAUAUUCAAAACCUCACUGAUGAGGAGAGCUGUUAGCUGGUGUUUUUGGUCUCUGCUUCAUAGUCAAUAAUGUUUAUGAGGACUUGUGUAGCUGAAUAUUGUGGUAACAGCGUUCCAGGUUAAUAUGUGAGAACAAUUGUGGAUGUCCAUUUCUUCAUGUUCUUCCAGUACUGCAUAUUAUUAUCCUAAUACACCGGCUCUGAUUAUCUGCUUGGUUUUAAUUGAGGGGGAAAAAGGUUUUUGGUGGGAAAGGUGUAAAAACUUUGCUGACACAACAGAGAAAACACAAAAAGCACUUGUUGAUUUUGAGUUUUAGACAAUCCUGCCUUCGCUAUCAACUACUCUGUACAUAAGGUUUGUAAAAAAAAAAACAAGAAAAUCUUCAAAAACAAGAAAAAAAAGGACCAACAUUUGAUGUUAUAUAAUAUUAAGGUCAUACAUAUGAGUGGAAACAGUUGAAGUUUACAGGUCUUCAUUCUGUAAGCAUUUUCUCUCCAAAGUUGAAUGAAAGGUAAACAUAGAGAAUUAUAUUAUGUAUAACAGUAGUGUUGAAAUUGCAGUUGUGUAUUAGAUACUUUAUAUUAAAUGUGCAUCAGAGUCAUAUAGAGAUGGAAAUUAUUUAAGAAGAGGAUAAAGAUGAUAAUUCAGCUAUUUAUUUCUAUAAAAAAGAGCGAUGUGUAUAAUGUUGGCAUGUUUGUGUUCAAGCAUCAAUCAUUAAGUUGCCUUCCUAACUGUUCUGCUAUACUGUGGCGAGAAAAUUAUUAGAUGUUUAAAGAGCUUUGAUUGCCUGCAGGUUAAUAAUGUUUCUCUUUAUUUGAUCCAGUCUGUUGUUGCACUAGUGAGAAAAAAAACAAAGAUAUUUCAGAUGUUUAUUAUAAGAGUGUUGUUUUUAAUGUUCAGCUAUUUCUCAGUAUUUGACAAAAUAUGAUGCACUUUUUUUCCUGAACACUUUUAUUGGCCCGUUGGUCGUUGGUUUAGUCAGAGACAAAACUGGUUUCUGUCGGCAGGAUGGCCGGCAGCAUCUUCUGGUGUGGUACGAAAACAGGAACUGUUCACUUAACAUGUUCAGGUUUCAUGAGAUGGAGGUUUUAGAAAUAUAACAUAUGAACUUGUAUAAGUGAACAGACGUACAGUUCAGCCUCUUUUCUCUUACGCCAUCUCUCAUGUCUCGUGGGUUGGGAAGUUACAAAGAUUGAACCUGAUUCAACUACAUGCAAGUGCUUUUUAGGUUCAUAGCCAAUAUGACCUUAUUCUCACCUUUGUGUUUGUUCCUGUGUUUGUUUUGUUUUUUCAUUAUGCUAUAGAUUUCACCGUAAGUACAUUUCCUCUCUUGUGAAAAUGGACCUGCUGAAGAUGUUUCAGAGCCUGUACGCUCUGAAACUGCAGAUUAGAGGUGCCAAGUACACCAGAAUAUUAUUUUUUUAUUUUUAUUUUUGGCUUUCAUCUCCAUCCUCUGCCUCUCCAAAUGCCAACCUGACUUCUAAUUUAUUUUACUACUUUAGAGUCUGAAGCAUCACCUAUGAACCAAGGUGUUUCCUAAUUCACGUUUAUGCCAUUAUUUAAUUUUUUAAAUCAAGAUUCAGUCCUCCUUUGUUGCAGCAACACCAAUUCAUCAUACUGUGCAACUGAAAGGCAGUGUUUGAGUGUUCAUGUACCUCUCUGUACAUAUUUUAUGUAUGAAUGAUUGUACUCUGCCCAUUCAUCUGAAUAGUAUUUUACACAUUACCUCAACACUUAUCUGGGCAAUUAAGUGUGCAGUUUGUCUUUGUAAUUUUUCAUUUUUGACUACCAUCGACAGGUAUGCCAACUGAUCCAUGAACUUCAUCUUGACAAAAAUGGAUUUUGUUGCUAAAAAAAAAAAAAAAAAACUUUCCCAAAAGAUGAUCAGCCUUCUAUGAUGACCGCAAUAGAUGGAAAUGUUUUACUACUCAUUUUCACUCAUUUGUUGUCAUCAAUAAAAUUGCUUUAAAUUGUA